AUGGAACAGGGAUCCGAGUCCACUCUGCACAUGGGAUCAUGUGUAUACCGGUCGAUCACGGGAGCCGUCGAUCAGGCGGGCUCCCAUGCUCUCGGCCAGACUACUCCGAAGAGCAUCAAUGCACCGGACAUGACCUCAAUGGCUGGAGUGGGGAAGAUGCACAUCCGGCCAGCCGGGGUGGAGAAAAAGAAAGGGUGA